AUGACUACGCAAGGUUCUGAGGCGGCUGAUGCCACUAUCUCAUCUUCCAUCUGGGACAACUUCGUAGACUCAGAUGGUGAGUGUGAUAUCGAAGAUGCUUGUGAGCCAAUCGACCGAUAUGAGGAGGGACUCUACCUUCUCAUCUGCAUCGGUGAAGUUAUCGCGGGCAGAUAUCGAAUUGAGCACAAGCUAGGUCAUGGCGGAUUCUCAACUGUCUGGAUGGCCUACGACAUGCACAAGGGAAAAGACGUCGCCCUCAAAAUCAUGACAGCCGACCCUGGGGGCGAGAGAGAGUUCCUUAGACAUAAUGAGAUCAUCAGUUGUGUACCAGAUACUUCAGGUCUAUUGAUAUACCAAGACGCAUUCUUGAUGCCCGGCGCCACCAGGAAUCCCCAUCGAGUCCUUGUUUCCCCUCUUAAGGGCCCCAAUCUGAGAGAUUACGCCCGGGAGACGUCUACAAUUGUGCGCAGGUCAGCUGCCAAGCAACUCCUUCUUGCGCUCAAAGCGCUGCAUGAUGGAGGGAUUGUACAUCGAGACCUCAACAGUGCCAACGUUAUGUUUGGUCUUUCCUCGUUUGAGACUGCUACUGAUAUAACCACCAAGUAUCGGAUUCUUGGUCGCCGUCAGAAAAUGGAACUGCCCACAAACCAAGAGUUGUGGAAAAAGGGGGAAAUGGUGGCACCAAUGACUCCAAAGGACAGCUUUGUUGUUCAAGAUAGCAUAACUCUCGGUGACUUUGGUCUGGCUAUCCGGUCUGGCACUGAGAUAAAUCCGACUUUUGCGUCAGAUUUGUGGAGCUACAUGCGCAUCUUUGCUGAGCUUUACCUAAAGUGGCCUCUCUUCGGCCCUGGAUUCUUCGGUGGCAGAUUUCGCUCCGUGGUUGAACUUCUUGUCAGAGUGCUGGGCCCUCUGCCUCUCUCGUGGAAAGGCUCAUACGACGGCGAUCCUGCUGAGCAACAGCUGGUGCUCUCUAUACUACGACGGGGUUUUUCUUAUUUCCCUGAGGAACGGCUAAGUGCAGGAGAACUUCUGGACGAUGCCUCAUUCAAGGCGCUUAUGGACAGGUAUGGAGUUUAG